AUUAAAAUUAAGAAAUCAAAUAAUGAGGGUCUCAUUUUUUUGUUAAAUAAAUUAUGAAUAGGAUGAGAGAUCUUGUAUGCCAUCGGGCCAUGAUUUGGAAAUUUGUGGGAAGUGUGUCAGGCAUAGCCGGCCUGGUUUGCUUUGGUUUCAGCUCCACCUACAAAAUCUCAUUUGCAAAGCUUGGUAUUGGCGGUCUCCUUCUUUAUCUAUUCGUCGGGGUAAUCACAUGGAGCCUCAUCUUGUGGGGCAAGAGAAUUCGAGUUUCAGAGAAAUUCCAAGGCCCUGUGGCAGCUCUAAUAUUUGAUGUGAUCUGUUUGAUCUCCGCGGUGAAUGAAAAACUUCUUCCUGCAAAAUCAGAUGCUUUGAGCAUUAUCUCGUAUGGUUCAUUUGCCUUGAUGUCGCUGUCCAUGUCAAGGAAGUUUGAGCUUGGAUUCGAAACUGGCUUUUCCACCUUUUUCCUGACAUUGUUUGCCACACAACUAUUCAAAAUCAAGUGGAUCCUCUUACCUAUUGCAUUAGUUUUCUGCUCCCUCAUCGUGAUUCUUCGCCACUACUCAGAAUCCGUAGUACAGGAGUGGCAAGAUUCCUCAGGGGUGGGAGAAGUUUCGGGGCAAAGCCAAUUAUCACGGCGGGGAGGGGUUGGCAAAGGUUUGUACAAGAAUGACAAGGCGCAAAGACUAGCCCGGCGACAUUGGCUUGAAGCUGUUGACCCAUGUGAUCGAUAUGGUCACAAUAUAUUGCUCUAUUAUAAUGUCUGGCACAGAAGCCAAAGCAGCCAACCAUUUUUCUACUGGUUGGAUGUAGGAGAAGGCAAAGAAGUGAAUCUUGAGAGAUGUCCAAGGAGCAAACUUCAACACCAAUGCGUUAAAUAUCUUGGACCGAAAGAAAGGGAAGAAUAUGAAGUUAUUGUUGAAGGGGGCAAGCUGGUGUAUAGACAAAAUGGGAAGGUUCUCGAUACUAGAGGUGGGUCCAUAUGGAUAUUUGUUCUGAGCUCCACAAGGUCUUUGUAUGUGGGGCGAAGGCAGAUGUGUUUGUUUCAUCACUCCAGCUUCCUGGCUGGAGCUGUGCCUGCAGCAGCAGGAAGAUUAGUGGCUCAUGAGGGUGUUCUUAAGGUUAUUUGGCUUGAUAGCGCAUACUACCUCCCUACAGCAGAGAGCUCCAGAGAAGUCAUUAGCUUUGUUGAGGAGCACAAUUUAGACCCUUCCGCUGUUAUUAGUAAGAAAACCUCAGCCCGUUUCGGAUUAGCUCAUACCCACACCACAAGAGCUGAGAUUGAAAAUAGACGGCAGAUGAGAAAAGCAGAUCUGAGGGAAAACGAUGAAGGAGACGAAGCCAAAGAUUCCAACUCUGUUACAUCGUUGGGAACGUUUCGGAAAAAGUCCAACGUUGUCCCACCGUAA